AUGGUGCUUCUCACAGCAGGUGUUUUCUCGAAGUCGGGAAAAGCUCUGGUCGCUCGUCAAUUUGUGACGGAUAUGACUCGAGCUCGGCUUGAAGGGCUCCUAGACGCUUUUCCGAAGCUUAUUGGAAAUGAUAAAGAUGCUGGUAAUCAUAAUCGAUUUUUAAUAGUUUAAAUAGUUAUUUUUAGCUCAAAGACAGCAUACUUUUGUUGAAACGGAAAGCGUUCGUUAUGUUUAUCAUCCGCUCGACAACAUCUACGUUGUUCUUAUCACAACUAAAAACUCGAAUAUCCUAGAGGACUUGGAAACCCUCCGUUUGUUCUCUCGAGUGGUGAGACUUUUUGAUUUUUUAAAUUUAUACCAAAAAAAUAUUGUAGAUUCCUGAGUAUUGCCGUUCGAAUGAUGAAAAAGAAAUUCUCGCCCAUGAUUUCGACCUGAUUUUCGCAUUCGACGAAAUUGUUACUCUCGGUUACAGGUUUUUUAGUUUUAUUUUUGGUCAAUGUUUAUAUCUAUGACAUUUUUAAGGGAAAGUGUCAACUUGGCCCAGAUCCGUACCUUCACGGAAAUGGAUUCUCACGAAGAACGCGUCUUCAUGCAAAUCAAGGAGGUUUGUGAUUUUCCUAAAUGGUUUCAUGUUGCGUUUAACGUGUAAAAAGCAUUAUAAUCUAUUAUCCGUUAUGACCCCUGUAAACUUUUUCUCAAAUUCAGGCCCAAGAAAAGGCGGCCAAGCAAGCCAUGGCUGAGAAGGCGAAAGAGCUUAAAAGACAACAGAAGGAAGCUCUUAGCCGCGGACUCAAGCCAAAUGGUAAAAGCAUGAUGAAAUGAGUUGAUAAUAUCAAAAUUUUCUCAGCUUUCUCUUCUUCAACUGGAAUUUCGUCGUCGUCGGCACCAUUGACGGCUGUUCAAGACAUUCCUCGUGCAGCUCCUGCUCCAACCCGUCCGACCACUUCUGGAGGCGGAAAAGCUCUCAAACUUGGUAGCAAAACCAACACUGAAGACGCUUUCCUUGCUCAACUCCGACAGCAAGGUCAAACUAUUGCCCCUGUCGAAAAAUCGGUGAGAAAUGAAGCUUUUAAAAGCAUUGAGGGAAUAAUGGAAGUUUCCUGAUUGAAAUGGCUAUUAAUAAUUUCGAAAAUCUGUUCGAAAUUGAGGAAGAGUUUAUACCUCUGUUUAGAGUUUCUUUUUAGCGGUUUUGAAGGCAUAGAGGUCGUGAAGGAUCUAACAAAAACUCUUUUCUUAGAAUAGAGUUAAUCUCUCGUAACGAAACUCAGUUUUUUGAUCGAAUUUUGCUGUUAACAAUAAAAUUAACACGUUCAAUUAUGAAAAACUAUACUAUUUCUGAGCCUAAUUUUUCCAGCGCGAUGUCGGCGGAGCGGCGAAUGUAGUUCCGACGUCUCGGGUCAAAAGAGAAGCCGUCCAUGUCCGCACGGAUGAGAAGAUCAUUGCUCGCGUCAGUAGGGAUGGUGGUCUCGAGUCGGCUGAGGUUUGUUGCAAGUUCUAUAGUAAAAAGAAAUUUUGUUCAAAAAAUUUUCCUUUAUGUGAAGAAAAAUGUUUCUUAAGAAGUUUUGGGACAUAGAGCUGAUUCUAUUCAAACCUGUUUUUCUUUCACCUUACCUUUCAAAAAGGGUAACAAGAAAUGUUUUUUUUUUCGACGAUAAAGGUCGAACAGAAAUGUCGCAACGAACGGCUCAUAAAGCCUCGCCGCCCACACGUCCAUUAGCGUCUAAAAAUAAAUGUACCGUUUCUGAUGGAAGGCGUAACCUUUCUGCGCGAGCCAUCAUUUUAUCAGUUAGAUCUUUUUGCCGUCUUUUUUUUCGUUCUUGCCUCUUCUUCUUCACCAUCUUUUACUUUACGACUUCUGCUUUUUUUUCCUGUCUUACAUCUUCCGUUUUCCUUCGGUUACAGCUUUUUAGAAUAUUUUUCUUAGUUUCUAAUAAUCUUUUUAGAUGGAACUUUUUUUCUUUCACAUUUGUUUUUACAAAAAUUUUUCUGCUCAGCUUUCAGAGUCGAGGCACCCAAAAAAAUGUCGAGCGAAUAAUUUAAAAAAAUUGAAACAACAAUGUAAAUUGUUUUUUUCAGGUGCUGGCAACAGUUGCGCUGAACGUAACUUCGGCAGAUUUGAACGGCGUUUCUGUCAAAAUGAGCAACAACGCUCCGGCCGGCGUCCAAUUGCAGGUGCACCCGAACCUGGACAAGAAGGAAUGGCAGAAUUCCUCCGUCCUGAAACUCAAAGCCAAUGGAAAACCCUAUCCGGUGAACAACGACGUCGGCGUUCUCAAGUGGAAGCUCGUCCUCAGCGAGGAGGAGCAGCUUCCUCUUUCUUGUGCGUUUUUUUGCUCUAGAGAAAGUCCAAAAUAGAACUUUGUAACAUCACUGUUUAUAAGAAACUUCAUGUUUUUUAGCAUAACUAAAAUUUGGAAAAUAACUUGAAAGUGGAACAGGACUACGCUGUGAAAAAAAGCUUCUCAAUUUGUAAAAAAAAAACUUUAAUAACUACAGAUGAUUUAUUAAUUAUUAAGAGUUCUGGAUAGACAUUUCCAGCCUCUAUAAGUCAUUUAGACUUUUUUUAAAUCUGGAAAUAUCUUUCUCAUUUGAAAGAAAAGUGUAAUUUUGUAUCAUUUCGAGAUGAAGUUCUGUUUUCUUUUCAGUGAACUGCUGGCCUCAAGAAUCUGCCGACGGUUGCCAAGUCAAUAUCGAAUACACUCUGCAGCGUGAAGAUCUUGCUCUGAACAAUGUCAGAAUCACGAUUCCAUUGCCGUGAGUUUAUAUUUUUCUUUUUUUCAAUAAUUUGGAAAAAACUGAAAAAAAAUAUAAUUUUCAGACCCUCAACGGCUCCUGUUGUGAGCGAAUGCGAAGGUAGCUAUGAAUAUCAGAAAUCUCGAAACCAGAUGCUUUGGACUCUCCCUGUUAUUGACAGGUAUUUUAUUCACUUUUCAGGGUCUUCUAUAAAAAAAAAAAAAUUCGAACCUAGCUGUUAAAAAAGGAGAAAAUUUAGCUCCAACUCGACGGGAGUCCUGGAAUUCACAGUUCCCAACGGGCAUUCCGACCAUUUCUUCCCCGUACACGUUCAUUUCUCAUCGGAAUGUCUGUUCGUGCCCAUCACGGUCAGCGAAGUUCUCAAAGGUUCUGACGAGCCGGUUCCUUUCUCCUCCGAAACCUUACUCAACGUUGAUUCUUUCGAAAUCGUCUAA